AGUCCGCUUUAGGCUCUGCUCCUCCCCACGUGUCUGUAGGAAGAGCCGGAUUCAGAAACAUGGUAUCCGACACAGUCCUGCACUGCCAGCAAUGAAGUUAACGUACACGGACGAGGACAGUGGAGAAAGUUGACGCACUGCGACAGAGAAGAGUCAAGUCUGUCUUAAACACCUCAGAAGUUGUUGCAUGCUGUGCUGCGAGCGCUCCAGCGUUUCUGUGCUGCAACUUUCCUCCUCGUCCCUCCACGAUGGCCAGCGGAGAGGAGGAUGACCCCAUUAUACAAGAGAUUGAUGUGUACCUUGCCAAAAGUCUUUCAGACAAGCUGUAUUUGUUCCAGUAUCCUGUGCGUCCUGCUAAUAUGAACUAUGACGACAUGACUCAUUUAACAGCAAAAAUUAAACCCAAGCAGCAAAAGGUUGAAAUUGAGGUGGCGAUUGACACCAUGAGUCCGAACUACUGCCGCAGUAAAGGGGAGCAGAUUGCGCUGAACGUGGACGGCACGUCACUGGAAGACUCCAGCACUUACUCCAUUAAAAUGAUGGAUAAGCAAACAUUCUCAUCGAUUCAGGCAACAACAAAUACGAGUCGCUAUGCUGCUGCAGUGUUUCGUAAAGGUGAGCUUCACCUCACGCCAUUACAGGGCAUUCUGCAGAUGAGGCCCAGCUUUUCAUAUCUAGAUAAAGCUGACAGUAAACACAAGGAAAGGGAGGCAGCCAAUGAAGCUGGAGACUCCUCUCAGGAUGAGGCGGAGGAAGAUACCAAGCAGAUCACCGUGAGGUUUUCCAGGCCGGAGUCUGAGCAGGCCCGUCAGCGGCGCAUCCAGUCCUACGAGUUCCUGCAGAAAAAACAGGCUGAAGAACCGUGGGUUCAUUUACACUACCACGGUUUAAAGGAUGGGCGCUCGGAGCACGAACGUCAGUAUCUUUACUGCCAGGCCAUGGAUACCACCGAGAACACGGAGUUAGUGAAAACGCCAAGUGAGUAUCUGACCAUGCUUAUGCCUCCACUGACGGAAGAAAAAGUGGUUAAGCCAAUGGGACCUAGUAACGUGCUUUCUAUGGCCCAACUACGUACAUUGCCACUUGGAGAUCAGGUGAAGACCUUGAUGAAGAACGUCAAGGUCAUGCCGUUUGCCAAUCUGAUGGGGCUGCUUGCUUCGGGCACAGACUCCACUGCAGUAAUGCGCUGCAUACAGCAGGUGGCGAUGCUCGUCCAGGGAAACUGGGUUGUCAAGAGCGACGUCCUGUAUCCCAAGUCCACCUGCAGUCCGCACAGCGGCGUGCCUGCAGAGGUGCUCUGUAGGGGCCGCGACUUUGUGAUGUGGAGAUUCACAAACGAGCGAUCGCUCAUGAGAAAAGAAGUCGCUGCUCUCACAAAGCUGCCUCCUGAGGACGUCAAGGACUUUUUGGAACAGAUGGCUGUUCCCAGAGCAAACAGAGGCUGGGAGUUCCUGCUGCCUACAGACCACGAUUUUGUCAAGAAGCAUCCUGAUGUGGCUCAGAGACAGCACAUGCUGUGGCUGGGCAUCCAGAACAAGUUAGAAAAAGUUUUCAACUUCUCAAAGGAGGACUUCCUGCACAAGAAGGAUGCGCAAAUGGACUCGGUUCAUGUUAGCGGUGAGCAGCGUCUCAAGGCAGCUCGCGAGAAUGCACGGGAGCGUCAUACCUCUCUGCAGAAAGAAUUGGACGCCCGAAGACUGAAGGCCGCCUCCAUGUCUUCUGGCUCCGGUGGGACUAAUACAACAGUGCAGAUUAAAGAAGAACCCAUGAGCGACUCUGAAGAGCCUAUGGACACGUCCAGUUCAGUUCCAAACGGUUCAGUCAACGGUUAUCCCUCAUCAGACUCCCCUAACACGGACCUCCACAGUGAGUACGGGGCAGCGCAGUCCCCUACCCCAGAGCUCCAAGACUUUGUACGGAGCACUUUCCGGAAACACUUUGUGCUGUGCCUCAGCGAGGUCAAACGCCUGUUCAACCUGCACCUGGCCAGCCUUCCUACAGGACACAGCCGGUUCGGCCACGUCACAGACCGCAUGCUCCAGGACACGAUCCUCCACAGCCACUGCAAACAGAUCCUAGUGCCUUUUCCCCCUCAGAGCAGUGCUAGUGCAGACGAACAGAAAGUCUUUGGCUUAUGGGAGAAUGGUGAAACGUUUGAUAAGCACCGCCAAGUUCUGUUUGAGAUCUUUAUGAAGAACUAUCGCGUAAGGAGAAACAUUAUUCAGACCCGACUCACACAGGAGCUCGGUGAUGCUGUCACCAAGGCUGACGUGGACAGGCUGCUCAAGGAAUGUUGCAUCAGCCUAGGGGGUAUGUGGUAUCUGAAGGGCACUGUGCAGUCGUGACAGUAGGAGGAGGAGCCCUAGGGAUCCUGUCAAUCAAAAAAACAAACAAACAAAAAAACAAAAACUUCUGAGUUUUUCUCUGUAUGGGGGAGAUGGAGCCGACACACAAAUCAGUCACUGCCCCCCAGCUAGAGAGGACUGGCUUUGGAGGACAAAAAGCCCCUCCCCCCAUCGCUGCUCCAGGACAUUGCUUUUGUUUACCUUCAUGGACACGUAGCUGAGCGUAGCCAAAAUCAGAGCUUGUGGAAACUUGCAGGACACCUCACCAUUUCAUACAAAAGGGCUUGAGAUCCCCCGGAUCCUACACAGCGUCUAGUUAAAGAAGUACCGGAAGGAAAGAGAUGUAUAUGCAAAGCUUAGUUUGAAAAUUUUGUCGUUUCAUGAUUUACCGCUCACACUUUUCUUAUCUUGCACUUACGCAUUAGUAUUAAAGAAGACUGGAUGGUAAUUUUCUCACGUGUGGCUUUUCCGAGAGAUGUGCCCUUAUUAUAUUGGCCUUUUUCAUAGGACCUGAAUGAUGAGAGGUUUUAAGUUUCUGUCCCCUGCCAAAUCAUUUUACAAUCAGAACUUGUGUUGGGGUUUUUUUUUUGGUUUUUUUUCCCCCUCUAACAUCUGUAGAGCACAGGAUCUACUGGUUUCCUUUCCUUUAUCGUAUUCAUUUGCCUGAAAAGGAAAGUUAAAAUAACACUACGCACUAUCGUGCCAUAGUGUCCCUUCCUUCAAUGUAACAGCUACACCAAAGCUCUGAUGUGCUGGGAAACGGUCCUCACGUUUUAAUAGCCAUGGAAGGUGGAUGGAGAUUCAUUUUCUUUUAUGUUAUUAAAAAAAAUAAUAAAAAAAAUGAAGUGCAGAAAAAGCCUGGAAUAUGCUGUGGUGUCGGUGAUCAACAUUUAACUACAGUAGAUGUCCUUGAAAGCAUGUAUGGAAAGGAAAUGUGAACUAACCAUGUGCACCAUCCUGUUGUGGCCUUCGGGACUGUAGUUCUUAAAUAUAAUCCAGGCUGCUGGAUGUUGUUCUGGUUGGUUUAAAACUGAUGUGUUGGCAAACAUCAUACACUUCAUUUCAAAUCAUUGCUUUAUUUAGAUAUGAGCUCCUGCCCUGAUUUGAUUUUCUUUUCUUUUUAUUUUUUUUUUUUGGUAAUUUGUGUAUGCAGUACUGACUCAAAGGUAAAAUCUUUUCUUCAGUGUGAUCUUGUAUGUCAUCGGAGGGCCUGUGGAUGUCCCGGCAGUUAAGUGUGCUGCUUGAUGACUGUAUGAACUGCAAGUGUGGGUUUGGUUUUACUGAAGAAGCGAGUGUUCUACAUGUUCUGAUUUUUUUUUUUUUUUAAAAGGACAUGUGAAAGUGCCUCUAAUUUAUUUUCAGGGGAAAUAUUACCUAUAUUUAAACGUACUCUUGUGGUUCAUAGGACCUUUGCUUUAUAUCCAUUCUCAUAUUUUUUUUGUUCUUUUCUAACGUUGUGAUAUGCCUGGAUCCUGAUCAAUUCAUUUUAAUCAUUCCGCAUAUUCAUAAAUAAACGGACACGUCACCAAAUAUCGAACGGUUUUGACCUAAAAAUGCAAGUUGGCUGUUUUGUUGGAACAUUAUGCUCAAUAAAC